CCUUAUCCAAUGCCCCCCACCGUCCGUAGCCAUUUUGGCUCAAGCCAGGUUCUGGUGUCAAUGGCUUCGGGGGGCCGCGCGGCGCGGCCCAUGCGGGAGGCGGAGGCCGAGUCGAGAGGGGCGUCCGCUGCUCGGCGCGCCGCUCGGCGUCGCGGGCAGAUCGCCUGAGAGCGCGGCCUUUGGAGAGCUCUCCACGACAAGCCCUGCGGCCCGCUGAGGGAAGGCGCCCUGGCCGACCUCGAGGCGGAGGUGGCCAUGCGCGAGUGCCUCUCCCGCCUAGCGCUGGUGGCCGGCAUCUUGGGCGAGCAGACCGCCGACGAGGCACGCCUCGUGAGGAAUUGCGCCCAGCACGCGCGGACGUUGCCAGGAGCUGGAGCGGGCUGGGCGGAGUGGCGAGCUGCGCAGCAUGGCCCGCGGCUCGGGCCGGGAGGGCCAGCGCCCGCGCGGCGUGCGCUUCGCGCGCCUUCUGGAAAGCGAACGCCGACCCCCGCAGCCCUGGUCCUCGAGCAGGUGCAGCCCCACGCCCCUGGGACCUGGCUCGAGCUCGACCAGGUGUCGGAGGGCCGCGCCCUUGCGUUCGGGCAGGGCUUGGAGGCUGGCUGGAGGCUGGCCGAGCUCCAGGCGCGCGUGCAGGGGAUGGUGGAGCAGCAGGACGGAGCCGAGGUCAAGACCGCCGCGGGGUCGGAGCUCGAGGAGUUGUUCGCGGUGUCUGAGGGCGUGACCGCGGAGCUGCUGGCGCCCGUGCCGACGACGCCCGCGGUUCGGCGCGGCGGGUCGGAGGCUGGGGGCGUCGCCGACGGCGCGCCGUCGAACCCUGCUUCCACGCGCGGCCCCUUCGCCGACACCGAUGACGCGGAGGAGCCGCUUGUCGGGCUUGGCGUGGCGACGAGCGACGACACGAUGACCGCGGCGUACUCGGACGUGUUCGCCUACCCGUCGGAGUUCGGCUUGGAAUCCAAGGUUUCUGAGUACCUCGACCGUUUAGACGGGGCACUUUUGAGUGGCCGAGCGCAGGAGCAGGAGGGCGACGCUGACCGCUACAGCGUCGAGCACUGGCCCUGCGGCGAAGGCCACGAGCACAAGGAGGCCGAGAUCGCCUGCGCAUCGGAUGGGCUGCUGGAGCCCCUGGGUCAGGCGGUGUUCGCCGAGCAGGGGCCGCAGGCGGCCGAACGGAUUGUCCAGGCCGUCUUGAAUGGGCAGCUGGGGUUCAUUCGGAAGCCUGCGGCCGACUACCACGCGGAGUUCGUGCGCGGGGUCUCAGCGCUUCGCCUCAGCUCGCAGGGCUUCGAGGCGAUCGAGGCGCUCUCGGUGGAAGGUGAGGUGGAGGUCAUUGCGCAGAUGGGGCGCGCUGGUGGAGUGGAGGACUCGCUCUUGGACCCUAUGAGCCUCGAGGAGGGCGAGGCAGUCGUGCUCCUGGGCGCUCUGGGCGUGCUCGACGGCGCUGGCCGAGGCGCGCAGGAGUGCGACGAGGAGCUUGAAUCAGCGAAGCAGGAGCUGGUGCGCGCCAUGGAGCCUCGGCGCCUGAGGUGGAUCCGCCGACGGGUGGCAGCGAUGCGGCUGGCUCGCCUGGCAGGGUGGUUCCACCCCCCCGAGGCCUGGUGCGCCCGAGACCAGCUCACCAGCUCCGAUGCCGAGCCCGCCGUGCGCGGCGAGCACGAGGGCGAGGCCCCGUCGGAGCCGUUGAACGUCGCGCGGGCGGCCGGCGCGCGCGGCCUCUGUGAGAACGCGGGCGGUGGGCCCCAGGCCGGGGGCCAACGGUGGGCGCGGAUGUAAUCGCCGCCUUGGGGACUGGGGGUCCCGCUUGCGGGCUGUGCAAGCGCUGUUUGUGCGGUCGCGAAUUCAUGCGCGCGCGGGCUUCGGCCCUCGAAGAGCUAAACAUGCC